GGAACAGGACCCUGGGCUUCCAGCUGCCAAGCAGGUGGUGGGGACUCCGGGCUAUGAUCUACACCCUCUAACUGCUGGUGCUGCCCUCUGCCUGACUUUUGCCAGACCUUGCCAGACCUUGCCUGACCCAGCCAUGUCUGAGGGAGAGGCUCGAGCCCCGUGGGGCCGGGGGCUGCCCCCGGAUGUGCUGGCCGAGCAGGUGGAGCUGUGGUGGUCCCAGCAGCCGCGGCGCUCGACGUUCUGCUUUGCCGUGGCAGUGGGCCUUGUGGCUGGCUGUGGGGCAGGGGGUGUGGCACUGCUUGCCUCCACCAGCAGUCGCUCAGGCGAGUGGCGGCUGGCGGUGGGCACUGUGCUCUGCCUGCUGGCCCUGUUGGUUCUGAUUAAGCAGCUGAUGAGCUCAGCCGUGCAGGACAUGAACUGCCUACGCCAGCCCCAACAUGUGGCCCUGCUGCGCAGCGGUGGCGGUGCCGAUGCCCUCGUGGUGUUGCUCAGUGGCCUCGUGCUGCUGGUCACUGGCCUGACGCUGGCUGGGCUGGCUGCUGCCCCUGCCCCUGCCCGGCCACUGGCCAUGAUGCUGUCUGUGGGCAUCGCCCUGGCUGCCUCAGGCUCACUCUUGCUAGUGGGCUUGCUGCUGUAUCAGGUGGGCGUGAGUGGACACUGCCCUUCCAUCCGUGCAGUCACCCGCUCCGCCCACAGUGACCACAGUGACAAUGGCAGCGUCUUCAGCAUCUCAGGACGGCUCUCUGCUGGCCAGCGUCAUGAGACCACAUCCAGCAUUGCCAGUCUCAUCUGACCAAGCCAGAGCCCUUCCCACAGCCUGCCUCAGCCUCCACAGAACUGUGCCGCGGCGGGAGUGUGUGCGCGACUAUGUGUGCACAUGUUCCCAGGAAUGCCCAGCCCUUCUGUGUGAUGUGUGAUGAGACCAUGGGACAGUGAGUGUGUGUGUGUCUUCUUGGAACUGGGUGUUUUGUCCGUGGAUCUGUCAGAGGCUUCCUGUCUGAAUCUGGGGUCUCCAGGCAGAGAAGAGUCUGGGGUCCCCGGAAAUUUUGGGCUCCUAUUUCCAACACCUCUCCAAGCCAACCCUGCCCCCUAACACACGUCAGGGGUUUCCCCAGAAGUGACUGGUGCCCACCCUGAGACUGCACACGAGUCUUCAUUGAGGAGCAACAUUGGUGACGAAGAGAGUACAGGCUCCGGGAUGUGACAGGCCUGGAUUGGAACCCCCAUCACUGCCACCACCACUUCCCAGCUGGGGACUUGGGCAAGUGACUUAAACUCUCUGAGCCUCAGUCUUUGAGAGUCGUGGUCAUGCUCCUGGUCAUCAGUUCUGAGGACCAAGUGACAUGUAUGGAAGGACUGGGCACGUCCCAGA